UAUGGCGGACGCAAAGCAGCGAAGAGCAAAUAUUACCCACAUUAUUUUUGAUAUGGAUGGCUUAUUGCUAGAUACUGAAAGCAUAUACACCGAAAUUACACAAAGAAUUGCAGAUGAGUAUGGUAAAGUUUAUGAUUGGGAAAUGAAAUCUAAGAUAAUGGGAAGAAGUGCAAAGGAUGCUGCAAUUAUGACAGUGAAACUAUUAGAUUUACCAAUGACAUUUGAGGAAUAUUUAGAGAAAGCUACCAAAUUAGAGCGGGAGUGUUUUCCUCACUGCAAGCCAAUGCCAGGUGCCGUAAAGUUGAUAAAACACCUUCAUUUCCAUAAUGUCCCAAUCUGCGUGGCGACCGGCUCAAAAACGUGGCUUUACAAUGUGAAAACUACAAAUAAAGAGCAUAUAUUUGAUAUGUUUUCCCAUUAUGUAUGUUCUGAUGACCCCGAGUUGAAACAUGGGAAACCAGCUCCAGAUAUCUUUCAACUUGCCUCAUCGCGAUUUUCUGUCAAUCCUUCGUCACCUAGCAACGUGCUAGUUCUUGAAGAUGCCCCUAAUGGUGUACAGGCCGCUCGUGCGGCCAAUAUGAAUGUUGUGAUGGUACCAGACUCUAGAAUAGACCCUUCGUUGUGUACUGAUGCUAGUCUAUGUCUGAAUUCCUUGAAUGAAUUUGAUCCAGAACUUUGGGGAUUGCCUCCAUUCAGCGACUAAAGAAGUCUUCGAUGAUAGUCUUCGAACGUAACAGCCUAAUCCUUGAAGACGGCUCUCUGAUCGAACAAAUUUUCGCGAGAAUUUUUGUUCGAAUGAAAAACCGGCCCGUGGAAAAUCUUAUCGUAUUAAAACCCUCCAUCCUCUACCUAAAUUUUAUCCUUACUUGACCAACGACUAGGGUUGAUUGUAAUCUUUUAAGUUAUCGAGUUUUAUAAUAAAAUAAGAGAAGCAAAAAAAUUUAACCAAUGUAAAUUACAAAAUAAACUGGAAUAACAAAUUGCUAGUUGACAUACUAGGAAUAAACCGAUUCGCUUUUGCCCACGUGAUAAAUAUGGCGCCAUUUUUGGGUGGUUUUUUAUGCAUGUGAUGUGAGCGUAA